AGCCAUACACCGUGAAAACGCGCUUUUCGUGUUUUCCGUCGUAAAAUAUACGGUAAUAUUGUACCAAGAGCGUAUAUAUGGUAUAGCCCAUCGGACGUGUUAUUUCUCGUGUUUUUUAAAGCUCUCCCGGUGUCGCCAUCUCUCGAGUGUUGGCAUGAAGCGACGUCGGCCGCUAAUCCGCGGUUCCUCCGCGAGAUUCGACAUCAUUUAACAAUCGUUGAAAUAAUUACCCGUUUUUCCGCGAACGACGAAGCGAUAUAAUCUAAAUAAUCUUAAUGAGCGGAUUUCUAAUUGAGUUAUAGCGCAGAGUCUCCAUGUGACCGCGAUCGCCACCGAUGGUUGUAGGUUAUGUUAACUGCGUACUUCAAAAAUUGAUUCGCCAGGGCCUGUUUUGUAAUUUUCAGCAACGUCGUCGAGCGGUCAAGCUUAUUUUGAGUAACGCGAGCUUCCAACGACAAAGGUGUACUUCGGACUCGACGAAGAUGAACGGCGACACGUUCGAAGGGAAACUCGAUCGGUUCGAGGGAAUCACGGUAUGGUCGGACCAGGAGAGUUGCGAUAUCGGCGAGUUCCCCAAAAAAUUAAAAAAUUCGUUGACUUUGUGGAGGGACACGAAGAAGCGCGGUAUCUGGUUCAGGGUCCAUUUAGAGCAAGCGGAUUGGGUGCCCGUGCUCGCUAAAAACGGAUUUAAAUAUCACCACGCUAGAGAUGAUUACGUCACAAUGUAUCUCUGGCUGCCUACCACGGAAACGAGUAAUAUCCCUCACUACGCUCACACGAUGAUCGGGGUGGGGGCGGUGGUCGUGAACGACAAAGAUCAGGUGCUCGUGGUUCAAGAGAAAUUCUUUUACAAAAGACCGAUGUGGAAAUUACCUGGCGGUUAUGUGGAACCGGGUGAAAAUUUAGUGGACGCCGCCAUUAGGGAAGUCAUGGAAGAGACGAACAUACGUACGGAGUUUGAUUCGUUGCUGACACUUAGACACGUCCACCAGGGCAUGUUCGGAUGUUCGGACAUCUACAUAGUCGUAAGCCUUAAGCCCAUUUCUUUCGACAUCGAUAAAUGUAAUAGGGAAAUCGAGAAGUGCCAAUGGAUGGAUAUUAAAGAAUAUUUAAAGCAUCCUCACGUGCACGAGCUGAACAGAUUUUUUGCCCACAAAUACCUGAAGCACAGGGAGCAUAGCAUCAAAAUCGAUGUCCAUCACGGUAUACAUCAGCUGGUCAAGAUACCGUAUACCGUGUAUUCCGUGGAAAAGCUAGACCAAAGCGAUACUUUGGAAUUUGAGUGGUCUGAUACCCAAAGCAAAUAAGUUUUUGUUUUAAAAUAAAUAAUUU